CGGACAUAUUUCUUUGUUAUGUAUGAAAUCCUCCAUCACAAAACAUUAUAACAUGACAAGAGAAAGGAACCCUCUGGUUGUUAGCCGUGUUGUUGGAGAUGUUUUAGACGCCUUUACCAGCACGGUUGAGCUACGAGUUUACAGUGAUGGUAGGAUGGUUUGUAAUGGCUGCAACUUCAGACCAUCCCAAGUAGUCGCACAGCCUAGAGUUGAUAUUGGAGGCGACGAUUUUCGCUCCUUUUAUACUCUUGUAAUGGUGGAUGCUGAUGCUCCAAGCCCUAGCAACCCAUGCUUGAGGGAGUACUUGCACUGGUUGGUGACGGACAUCCCAGGAAGCACCGGAGCAGGUUUUGGGAAAGAAAUAGUGAGUUACGAGAGCCCUCAACCAUCAAUAGGGAUCCACCGCCUUGUUUUGGGAUUGUUCCGUCAACCACGCCGGCAAACAGUGGAUGCUCCAGGGCGGCGCCAGAAUUUUAACACCAGAGAAUUUUCACGAGUCUACAACCUUGGUUCCCCCGUUGCGGCUGUCUAUUAUAACUGCCAAAGAGAAGGCGGCACAGGAGGCCGAAGAGCCUUGUAAGGGAAAGCAGCUGCUGGAAGCUACCAAAUUAAUUAUGAUGCACUUCUAUCCACUACCUAUAUCUAUAAAUAAA